AUGUGUUACUAUUGUCGCUAUUUAGCAAAUGAAAAAUCGAAUAGUUAUGAUGAUGAUGAUAAUGAUGAUCAAUAUUUUCGAAAAGAUAUUAAGUAUCGUCGUGCAACACGAUCAUGUCAUUUAGCUACAAUAUUACGUAUUAUUAGUAUAACAAUUUUUUUUGUUAUGUUCAAUAUAACACUUGCUCUUUCACAAUCAUCACAAAAUCAACAACAUCGAGAUCAAUCAUCAUCAAAAGUUCUUCAACUAAAUUCUCGAGAUUUUUUCGGUGUAAAUAAUGUUAAUAAUCAAGAUCAACAACAAAUAAAACCACGUCAAAAUUCUCCAAUUAAACCUUCUUCAUCAUCAACAAUUAAUUCAACAAUAUCGAUACCUCAACCAAAAACAAAACGAUUAACACAUGAAAAACGUCUUAUACGUGAUUUACUUAAUAAUUAUCCAACAAUAUAUGCACGUCCAAUACGAAAUAUAUCACAACCAUUACCAAUACAAUUUGGUUUAACAUUAACACAAUUAUUUGAUCUUGGUUCAACAGGUCAAAAAAUGCAAACAAAUACAUGGAAAACAUUUAUUUGGCAAGAUAUGAAUUUAGUUUGGAAUCCAAGUGAUUAUGGUGGAUUAGCAACAGUAUGUCUACCUGCUGAUUCAAUUUGGACACCGGAUAUUGUUUUAUAUAAUUAUGCUGAUGAACGUUUAAAAGAUUGGCGUGACAUAUCUGCUGUUAUACAAAAUACAGGUGAUAUUUUAUAUGUACCAGCAACUAUGCAAUUUAGUGUUUGUUUUCUUGAUAUAACAAAAUUUCCUUAUGAUAUACAUCAAUGUUCAUUAUUAUAUCGUUCAUGGACAUAUGAUCAUACAAAAGUAAUGCUUGCAUUUAAAGAAGAUAUAUCAGCUAUGGAUAUGACAUCAUAUAUAAAUUCAAACGAAUGGAAAGUUGUUGCACUUCCAGCAGAAAAAACAAUAACAGAUGAUGGAUUUUCAUUAUUAACAUAUACAUUAAUUAUUCAACGAAAAGGUGGUCUUUAUGGUUAUUUAUUAAUAUUACCAUGUUUACUUUUAUCUGCAGCAACAAUGGUUGUUUUUUGGAUUCCACCUGAAUCACCAGCAAAAAUGAUUUUAACUAUAUCAAUAUUUUCUGGUCUUUUUCUUCUAUUACUUCUACUUGCUGAAUCUAUUCCGGGUAAUGAAAAUAAUGAAUUUGAAAUCAAUAUAAUAGAUCAUGCUAUUUAUAAAUUAAAUGUCAAUAUUGCAUGA